AGGAAAAAUAAGAGAGUGUGUUAUAAAUAUUAAUAUUUUAAAUCGGAGUCAGGUUCCUGCAGGGAACCGCAGAACUAAUUUAAGCCUACUAUUUUCAUGUGUGCAUACACACAUCCUACGUCAAACAAUGCUCCCAAAGUUUGUGAAAAGCGUUCUACAAAAACAAGCCGAUCGUCGCCAAAAUGGAGACGAGGAGAGGGAAAUUGCACCUACUUUCUCCACAAUACGGGAACAAGGGGUCGGAUACGAGUCACAAUUAAAAUACUUGCAAGACAACGUCAUCACGCCGUUUCUUAAUCGCGUCGUGUACCAAAAUUCGGGUCAAGCAGAGGAAAAAGUCCCGCAGGGAGCGAUUCUUUACGGCACUAAUAAAGAUAGAAUAUCCCUCAUCGCCAGGGCCGUAGCGAACGAGUUAUCCUUUCAAAGUGGGGGUGACUAUGUGCAUUAUAUCGAAGGGAAAAAAAUUUUGUUUGUAAAAAGUAAACCGCUUGACAUGUUUGCAAAACCGUCCGAAAGGGUCCGAGCGGCCAUGGAAACGGCGUUCGAAAAGGCCAAGGGGUAUGACCCGGCUGUCAUUUUCCUGCCAGAUUUCGGCUACUAUGCCGGCUACAGAACACUCGAACUACUGGCGCAAAAGAUGGCUCAAACUCAGCGUAAAACCCUCGUCAUCGGCAGCGUCAAGGAUAAAAGCAAAACUGAAGAAAUUCUAUGGAGAACCCAUACAUUGUUAAAAUUCCUUCAAAUUCCGAACUUUUUAACGACCCAAGCGCGACUGGAGGUCUUGCACGCGUUCACUUCGAAAUGGGGUUACCUUCCGGACGCUGACGAUCUACGCUUCGUGGCGGACAUGACGUUGCCCCCGUUUGGAGAGGAGCGAGGAACUGAAGAGGAUUUGAAAACUGUGGCAAAAUUCGCGUAUCGGCGGGCAGUGAGAGGUUGCAAAAGAGUGAGGGACUCGGUGACACCGACGUCAUUGACAGGACACGGGUACACGUGAGCUUAGAAGAUUGGAAAGAGUCCCUUAAACAGCUUCUGGAGGGAGAUAUUCCGUCGGGGUCUUCUCAUGGCUUAGCAGACUCGAUCCAAACCCUCCAAGCAACUCGAGAACAAUUGGAAAUUUCGCGCAAGCAACUAAAGAGACCAGAAUGCUUCAGAGGGAAAUCAUUGAAAAGAAAAUCUGUAAUGAAAUGGUGGUAACAAACCCGGAGCAAGUUUUGGAUAAAAUUAAAUCGUUUUGCACUCAUGGAAACAUUAACCUGUUAGAGGUAAGAGAUGAAUGGUGUGAGGACGAGAAAAAUAUCGAUAUCACGAUUAAGAUUCGUCUCCCGAUGAAGAAGAUUAAUGAAGAAGCGUAAAAAUUUAAUAAACACAAUAUUUUCAAGUGUGCAAUAAAUGAGUGAAUCUCCUUUUAUGCAUUCGUUGUAUUUUGUAAUCAGAAUGAAAUAAAUUAUAAGCUAAACGUA